UUGUCCCCUCACUCCUUGCGAUCACGUUCACUUUCUUCGACGACCCCGCGGAUUCUCGGCGUUGAGAGCCGAACUUUCGGAAAAGCUGGCGAGCACACGAACGACGCAGCGGCUUAGUCUGAUUUCCAGGCACCUGGAUCAGCGUCUACCGUUGCCCGGCCUUAAUACCCCCUUCUCGACCGAGAGAGACUCCCAAUCUCCCGACGAUAUCGAAUAUAAACCCCUCGAUCGCACCGAUCUCUCGUCCACUCUUCCUUCUGCAACCUCUUCGCAACCAGAAUCUCCCUCGCCCAACAUGUCGUCCCAAGCCCCUCACCCCACCUUGCUGAUUCCCGGACCCAUCGAGUUCGACGAUGCUGUCCUUCAGUCCAUGGCCCACUAUGCUGAGAGCCACGUUGCCCCCGGCUUUGUCAAGACCUUCGGAGAGACAUUGACCUUGGUGCGCAAGCUCUUCCAGUCCACCAACCCCGCCGCCCAGCCCUUCGUCAUCUCCGGUAGCGGAACCCUCGGUUGGGACGUCGUUGCCUCCAGCUUGGUCGAGAAGGGAGAGAAUGCUCUCGUCCUGCACACCGGCUACUUCGCCGACUCCUUUGCCAAGUGCUUGGAAACCUACGGUGCGAACGCCACACAGCUCAAGGCACCCAUUGGGGAGCGCCCUUCGUUCGAGGAGAUCGAGCAGGCCCUGAAGGAGAAGCCCUACAAGAUCAUCACCGUCACCCACGUCGACACCUCGACCGGUGUGCUCAGCGACAUCAAGCGCAUUGCCGAGAUCGUUCGCCGCGUCAGCCCCAACACCCUGGUUGUUGUUGAUGGCGUCUGCAGUGUCGGCUGCGAGGAGAUCGCCUUCGAUGCCUGGGAUAUCGACGUGGUCCUGACCGCCAGCCAGAAGGCCAUCGGUUGCCCCCCAGGCCUCAGCAUCCUGAUGGCCUCCUCCCGCGCCCUCGACGUCUUCAAGAACCGCCAGUCUCCCCCCGCUUCAUACUACGCCUCCAUCGGCAACUGGCUUCCCAUCAUGCAGAACUACGAGAACCUCAAGCCCUCCUACUUCGCUACCCCACCCACCCAGCUGGUCCACGCCCUGCACACCACCCUGUCCCAGAUCACCUCCCGGCCCAUGGCUGAGCGCUUCGCCGUGCACGCCCAGGCUUCCGACCGUGUCAAGGCCGCUGUUGCUGAGCUCGGCCUGAAGCAGCUGGCCGCGAAGCCAGAGAACCAGGCCCACGCCAUGACAGCCAUCUGGCUGCCCGAGGGUCUCACCCCACCAGAUGUGCUCCCGGGACUGCUGAAGCGGGGCGUCAUCUUUGCAGCGGGCCUGCAUAAGGAGGCUGCGACCAAGUACAUCCGCUUCGGACACAUGGGCGUCAGUGUCUCCGAUCCUGCCCGCAAGGAUGUUGACAACGCCAUUGCCGCUCUGAAGGAAGCCAUGGCCGAAGCCAAGCAGGCCAAGGGACUGUAA